AUGAAGUAUCAACGCCUCGCCUCUUUGGGCUUUACUGCCCUGAGUGCCGCUGCGACGGUCUCUGCCAACCCACUGCUGAACCGUGAAGCUGAGGGUCAAUGCCCCCAAGGCUACACCCAGAGCGUCUACUACAAGACUAUCACUCUCCAGCCCUCCUCUACUGCGCCAACCGCGCCAACCUCUACGCUCGCCAGUGUAGGUGAAGGUCAAUGUCCCGUUGGCUACACUCAGAGCGUCUACUACAAGACGAUUACGCUCCAGCCCACUUCAACUGCAUCCGUUGAGCCAACCUCCGCUCCCGCUGUUCAGUCAACCUCGACCCCUGCUGUCGAGUCAAGCUCUACCUCGGUUGAUCAGGUUACUACUUUGCACUCGUCUUCAACCGUCAUCGUGACUGAGGUCGUGACUGCAACCCCUGCGGUCGCCACCACGAGCUCCGCGGUCGAGAGCGCUGCACCAGUUGCCACCACCUCAUCCGUUGCCGAAGCUUCCCCUGCUGCUGAGACUAGCGCUGCUGUGGAGGCUACCUCCUCUUCCUCUUCCUCGGUCGUUGAGGUGACGACCAAUGCUGCUGUUAAUGCUGCCGCAACUACUGCUGCCGCUGAGCCUACCUCUGAGGCUGUCACCACUGAGGUUGCAACUACUGAAGCUGUCGCGACCACUGAAGCUGCUGCCCAGCCUACCCCUGAAGCCGCUACCACCGAGGCCGUCACUAGCCAGGCUGCUGCUGCCGCUACCACCGAAGCUGCUACUACUCAGGCUGCUGCUACCACCGAAGCCGUUGUUCAGUCUACCCCUGAGGCCGCUACCACUGAGGCUGCCACUACCGAAGCUGCUGCUACCCAGGCCGCAGCCACUACCGUCGAGUCCAAGACUACUUCUUCUAGCUCAACCGCUGCUAGCGCCGCGACAUCGUCUGCCUCCAGCUCUAGCUCUUCCACCUCUAGCAGUGCCCUGAGCUCCGAGUACUCGGGUGAGGCAACUUUCUACGGCGGUAACGUCUCGGGUGGAACCUGCUCGUUCACCGACUACACUAUCCCCUCUGGCCUCUUCGGCACAGCACUCUCCUCCCAACGCUGGGACAACGCAGCGGAAUGCGGUGCUUGUGUCGAGGUCACUGGCCCUAGCGGUACCAAGAUUAAGGCCAUGGUUGUCGAUGAAUGUCCCGAAUGCGACUCCAACCACCUCGAUCUCUUCGAGAGCGCCUUCUCCGAGCUGGCCGACAUCUCCAAGGGCGUUAUCAGCAUCGACUGGGAAUACGUUGCUUGUGGUAUCACCUCCCCGAUCGAACUGGUCAACAAGAGCGGUACCUCCGCCUACUGGUUCGCCAUGCAGGUCGUCAACUCCAACCUCCCCGUUACCAAGCUCGAGGUCAGCACCGACAGCGGUAGCACCUGGCAAUCCACCACCCGUUCCUCCUACAACUACUUCGAGAACCAGAGCGGUUUCGGUACCGACACCGUCGAUGUCCGUGUCACUGCCGAGGGUGGUUCUCAGAUCACCGUCAAGAACGUCAGCGUCUCGUCUGGCUCGUCUGUCACUGCUUCCUCCAACUUUGAGUAA